ACAAUGUCAACGAAAUUAUAACCAAAACAAAAGCACGCGUGUGAGAAAAGCACCGAAAAUAUUUUGUUCCGAAUUAUUCCAAAAUAAAUAACUGAAAGAUGGGAAAGCCACAAAGACGUAAGAAGAUGCACUUCGGUGAUACACAUCUACAAAGACGAUGGAGAACACGGAGCCGUAAGCGCGAUUUAGAUUUGAUCGACGAAGAUUUAAAAACGAAAAGUGAAGAGUUGAUUAACCAGAAUGUCGACUUGGAUAAACCCGGAUUCGCACAGUUCUAUUGCAUUCACUGUGCCAAGUAUUUCGUCGAUGAUCAUUCGAUUCAAGCGCAUUACCGGACGAAAGUCCAUAAGCGUCGUAUGAAAGCGUUAGAGCUGGAACCGUACACAAUUGAGGAAUCGGAACGUGCUGCUGGCCAUGGCACAUAUGCGAAGCCAAUAAAACGUAAAAUCGAAACUCAGCCGAGCAAGGAAGAAUUUGCCAGCGGUAAAAGGAUGAAAUUAGAAGUAGUGCCCGAGAAAGAUGAAGCGAAAAUGGAAAAUUAAUUGGAAGAAAUUAAAUGCUUGAUUUUUGUAAAAAAAAA